GAUGACCUCGGUGAAGUACGGGUCACGCUCGCGCAUCGGCGGACCAUCAUCAAAAUACCCCGGAGAUGCCAUAACUACCUCAGCACUACCUGAAUACAUGCAGUUUAUAUGAUUUCAGCUUCAUAAAAAGCAACCAUGCCUGAACCUGAUCUGCAGUUUGUGCCGUUCUUUAUCAAUGCAGAGAGUGCUCCGUCAGUGCAGAAGUCAGCCUGUCAGGGCAUUCUAGGAUUGAUUGUUGCGGCGGCUGGCUAAGAGGUCCACAAGACUUACGUCAACAGUUUGACUACACAUACAUAGUUACACUAGUGAAAAGAUAACAUUCACUCCCAGUGACUGACACUGUCCUUUCCCACAGUGGACUUGUUUUGGGAUGGAUACAGAAAAAGGUCAUUUUUGGGCAAUCCAGCUACGGUUUGUUUGACCUUUGAAGUACACAUUGAUCCAGUGGCCGAAAUGGCAAUAGCAGCGUUGGAGUUGAUGGGCUUCUUUUUGGGCAUCUUUGGCAUGUUCGGGACCCUGGUAGCUACUCUUCUGCCAUACUGGGCAACCUCAGCGCACAUUGGUGCUAAUAUUGUGACUGCAGUAGUCAACAUGAAAGGUCUGUGGAUGGAAUGCGUCUAUCAGAGCACUGGAGCCUUCCAGUGUGAGACUUACAACAGCAUUCUGGGGCUCACGGCUGAUCUACAAGCAGCCAGAGCUAUGAUGGUCAUAUCCAUAAUGUUUUCUGUCUUGGCUCUUGCCGUGUCCACCAUCGGCAUGCAGUGCACUGUCUGUAUGGAUGGUUCCUCAGUCAAGAGCAAGGUGGCUGGGGCAGGUGGCUCGCUCUUUCUCCUGGCAGGGCUCUUGUCUUUGAUCCCGGUGUCUUGGAAAACCUAUGAGGUGGUGCAAACCUUCUACACCAACAACAUGCCUCCCAGUCUUAAAUUUGAGAUAGGUGAUUGCCUAUAUGUGGGGCUGGCUUCUUCGCUCAUGUCCAUGUUGGGUGGAGGGCUGUUAAGUGCAUCUUGUUGCGAUGACCUAGAUGGUGACAGGGGAACCAGGCGAAAUUACCCAUACCCUGACCGCACUGGGAUCGGGAUGUCACAUGGAGCAACCCAUUCAAUGCCCUACCAUCCACCCAUUCUACAAACUGCCACAAAAGUUACCAACAGGAACCGGACGCCUAACAGCCAAACCAGCACUAGUACCCAUUCUGCUAUUCCGGCACCAGCCCAUGAUUCCAGGAAAUCAACUCAUCAGAACACAGCAGCUGGGUAUGAUGUCACAGGCUAUGUCUGAAGAUUUAGUUAUACUGUUUGUACCAUUUCUCCUUAAAGGACUAAUGUGAUAAAUGCUCAAACUGUGUAAAGACUCUUAUAAUUGGCAAGAUGUUGGAUUAAGGUACAAGCCGAAUGGAUGCAUUGCCAAAGAAAGAGCAAAAUGCCUCUAAUUGAACUGAAAAGAGAGGCACACAAAGUUGCUUUUGGAUGAUUUCGUCUCAAGGAGGCUUGACAAAUUGAAAUAAACAUGAAGAUGCUUUUUUGGAAAGAAACCAAUCAAUAUGUAUCGAUGAAACUAUACACCUGUGCCCUUGUAAAUAGAUAUUUUGUCCUCUUUGCAAACAUGCUGAGCUAAGAUUUCACAAUGACCUCUUCGGCAGCCCUCUCAUGAAACACUGGGUCAGUCCUUGUGAACUGUAAGCUCAAAGUGCACUCAAGCAUUUGAUAUAUAUAUAUAAAAACUUUUAAUGGUUUUGUAUGACUGUUUUACACUUUGUAGUUGUUAAAGAUGUUUACACAAGAAAUGUAGCUUUGUCAAUAUUAAAUCACUAUGCACAUAUAAUUGAACACUAAAUGAUCAUAUUCAGUUUAUUAAUAAAGAUUUGGGAUGUUCAUCAGUCUAUAGCACCAACCUCUCUUUAAUUUCUUUAUACAAAGACCAUGGAAAGCUCUUAUUAUUGUUCCUAAGUGCUUUUAAUACUGCAGUGUUCUUAUAUGAGCCAUAAAGAUUGCUCUGCAGCUUGCAGACACCAUAUCAACAAACAAUAAACAUAUCUGCAUUGGUAAGUCACAGAUAUACUCAGUUCUGCAACACAGUUCUUCAAAUAUUAUGUAUCACAAUAUGUUAAAUAGAUAGUUAACUCCCAAAAUAAAAAUGAUGCCAUUAUUCUGUCACUCUCAUGUUGUUCCAAACCUGUAUGACUUUCUU